GUUAGCAGACCCGUUCCUCCGGUCGUGGAUCGAGCUCUUGUGAGUCGUGGUCUUGUGGAUCGAGCACUUUUUGUUCGGGGGCUUGCGGAUCGUCUGUCCUCCGGCUCUGACUCUCUGACCGUCCUCCGUGUCCUCCAGUGUCAGUCUGCGGUGGAUCAUGCUCCGUGUGAGGGCGCUGUCACGGUGCUGGAGAGGGUUGAGGACGUCGUCCUCUGCGUCCGUCCAGGUGCAGAAUGAGCCCAUCUUGUCCUUCACAGAGGGGACGUCAGAGAGAGCAGAACUGCUGAAGGCCCUGGACGACCUCAAGGGGGUGACAGAGGAGAUUCCGUGUGUGGUGGGAGAUGAACAUGUGUGGACGUCGGACAUCAGAUAUCAGCGAUCGCCGUUCAACCACGCCCACAAGGUGGCCAAGUUCUGCUAUGCUGACAAGGAGCUCAUCAAUAAAGCCAUCAUGGCGUCCGUGGCGGCGAGAAAAGAGUGGGACAUGAAGCCGGUCCAGGACCGAGCCCAGGUCCUGUUCAAGGCUGCUGAUGUCAUCAGUGGACCCAAGAGAGUCCAGAUCCUGGCCAAGACCAUGAUCGGACAGGGAAAGACGGUGGUUCAGGCAGAGAUAGAUGGUGCCGCUGAGCUAAUCGACUUCUUCAGGUUCAACGCUAAACACGCCGUCGAGCUGGAGACGCAGCAGCCGCUCAACGCUGAGGGUACCACUAACAGCAUGCUGUAUCGAGGCCUGGAGGGCUUCGUUGCAGCUGUUGCUCCGUUUAACUUCACAGCGAUUGGUGGAAAUUUGGCGGGAACCCCAGCUCUGAUGGGUAACGUGGUUUUGUGGAAGCCCAGCGACGCUGCUAUGUCUGCGAGCUACGCGGUCUACAGAGUCCUGAGGGACAGUGGACUUCCUCCAAACAUCAUCCAGUUCCUGCCGGCAGACGGUCCCGUGUUUGGAGACACCGUCACGUCCUCAGAGCACCUGGCUGGAAUCAACUUCACUGGCAGUGUCCCGACAUUUAAGCGUCUCUGGAGACAAGUGGCUCAGAAUCUGGACACGUACAGGACAUUUCCUCGUCUAGCUGGAGAGUGCGGGGGGAAGAACUUCCACUUUGUCCACAGGUCAGCGGACGUCCAGAGCGUGGUGAUGGGGACGAUCCGCUCUGCGUUUGAGUAUGGAGGACAGAAGUGUUCCGCCUGUUCCAGGAUGUAUGUCCCCGACAGCCUGUGGCCACAGGUCAAACAGGGACUGUUGGACGUCCACAAACAGCUGCGAGUGGGAGACCCUGUCGAGGAUUUUACUUCGUUCUUCUCUGCUGUGAUCGACGAAAAGUCUUUUGGACGCAUUAAGAAGUGGUUGGACUACGCUAAGUCGUCUCCGAGUUUGACGAUCGUGGCUGGAGGACACUGUGACGAUUCUAAAGGUUACUUCGUUGAACCGACCAUCAUCGAGACGUCUGACCCUCAGGAUGACAUCAUGAAGGAGGAAAUCUUUGGACCGGUUCUGACGGUUUACGUUUACCCUGAGGACCAGUACCAGGACACGCUGCGUCUCAUUGACACCACGUCCCCAUACGCUCUGACGGGCGCCGUCUUUGCUCAGGACCAGACGGUGAUUGACGAGGCGUCCUUCGUCCUCAGAAACGCAGCAGGAAACUUCUACAUCAACGAUAAAUCCACCGGCUCUGUCGUCGCUCAGCAGCCGUUUGGAGGAGCCAGAGCUUCAGGCACCAACGACAAACCUGGAGGUCCUCACUAUGUCCUGAGGUGGACGUCCCCGCAGGCAGUGAAGCAGACGCACGUCCCACUCCGCGGGUGGACGUAUCCCUACAUGAACUGAACUACUCGUCCAAUCACAGCCCUGUGUCCAGUCACGGCCCAGUGUCUUCAGCUGACGUGAUGAGACAUCUCCGUCCAUGUCUCCAAGCAUCAUCAGCAGAGUAAACCCCGCCCCUUCUGAUGUGGACUGAACGUGGUCUUUUAUUUUGAUCCUUUAAAUCAACUUAUUGAUUUUUGUUGUUGUUGUGAAUCUGUUACAGAUGGUUUCUUCAUUAUUGUCCCACUCUGAUCAUGAUGUUUUGAGUUUAAAACCACGCAUGUUUUGAGUUUAAAACUAUGUGUGUUUUACGCAGUUAUUGUUCUCUGAACAUUAAGGAACUUUCAAACUGCGACUUUAAUUAACGACAUUCAUGUAGGUGAUUUUUACCAAUAAAUAUUAAAUUAUUAAUAAAACUAA